AUGAGGGAGAUGAUGUAUGUUUCUCGGACCUUCGAAACCCUUUUGGGUCCCUUUGUGGCCUUCAUGUGGGGCUCAUGCUUCUUUUGUACCUCAUAUGUGGCUCUUCCACGGUAUUUAGGCAUUUAUGCGACUCUCAUAACUGACAAUCACUUGGGCUUCAUUAAUGCACUCUGUUUCAACCCAGAAGGGGAUUUGCUGUAUUCAGGAGAUAAGCAGGGCAUAAUUCUAGUCUGGAAGGUCAGUCUACCAAAGAAGGACAAGGGAAAGAAGAAAAUCAAACCCUUAACUUUUGAACAUGAAGUAAAGAUACCUGACAUUUUAGGAAACACUAUAAAUACCAUAUCUUUUCACCCUGGAGGUUACCGCUUGCUGGUUCACACAAGGGACAGCCAGAUAAGACUUGUGAAUCAUGUGCAUUGGACUGUAACUCACAGGUUGAGAGGCUUGCUGAAUGUACGCGAGCAAAUUCGAGGAUGUGUAAGCCCAUGUGGGACUUGGAUAUUGUCAGGUAGUGAAGAUCAUGGUGUUUAUAUCUGGAACUCAGACACUGGAGAGAUGGUAUCAGCUUUCAUGGAUUUACCUAUUGAUGGAACAAUAUCAUGCAUUGACUAUCAUCCACAUGAACACAUGGUAGCUUUAUGUUCGUAUUCCAACGAAGCACCAGUCCUGAUCCUAGAUUACGAUGAGGACACGCAGGUCGCCAAUACCACAGUCCCACUUGCAGUUCAACCUGCUGGCUCAGUGAGAGCACACUCUCCUAUGUUAAGGAGUCCAAGUCCGAGUUUCACCCCAAGAAAACUGUCUUCUUCGCCUCACAGGAAUUACACCUCCACUUCCAUGGACAGAAGUGCAUCUUCUGUGCCCCAAUCUGAAGCUCUUCCAUACAAGACAAGGCCUUUAGAGCCUAGUUCCUUUCAGCACAAUAACAUGCACGGUGACCUGCACAACACGGCUCUUGAUCGCGAAGCCUCUACUAAAAGGAAUACUGGUAACUCUCUUGGAGGUAAAGACCUGUGGAGUGAACAAGGCAAAAGAAUUCUUAGCAAGUUGGAUACAGUGCUUAAAAUGGCAAGUGAAAAUCCCAUUGGCCUAAAUGACAGCAGUGUUAACCACUACGGGGAUGAUUUGGUACCUCUGGGACAGUUGGCUACCGUCCUGUAUGACUACCACAGUGUGGAGCGUGACGAACUCUCCGUUAAGCAAGGAGAUUAUGUCAUGGUGAUACAAGAAACCAACAGCGACUGGUGGCUAGUGCGAACUGCCGACCAGAGACUCACAGGCCUUGUUCCAGCUUCCUACCUGCAGCACCUACAUGGGGGGAUAAGGGUAGAUGAUGACGACAUUGAUUGGAUAGAUUCGGGGAAUGUGAUAGCCAUCCCGUCAGAGUGCGGAGAGGUGAGUUUCAUUUCCGACAGUGAAGGAACCCCAAGCAAAGCCAGGGCCCGGAGGCAUAAGGCGAAAAUGGGUGGAGAAAAUGCAAAAGUCAUCACUUCUACGCCGAGGCCUAAGUAACCACGAAACAGUGAGGGAAAUUAACACUACUGCCAAUGCUGCAGUUUAUGCUU